UUAGAAAAUGAGGUGAAAGCUUUAAAACAAAAUGUCAGUCAGGAUAAAGAGUCCCUUAUCAAAGAGCAGCAAGAAAAAGAAACAGAAAUUUUUGGAAUGUUCAGGAAAAUAACAAGUAUGUCUGGUGAGCAUGAAAAACAGAUGCUAGCUCUCCAAGAACGAGCUAAUAACUCACGUAAACAAGUCAAUCAUCUCCAGCAACAGCUAGCCAUGUUUGAGGGUCAGCAGGAACAGCAGAUGAAGCUGAAGGAUGUCACCAUCAUGGAGCUGGAGAGUAAAAUCCGCCAUCUGAAGGAAGAGCAGCAAGAGGAUAGGGUCAAGUGGCAUGAAAAGAGAGAAGUGUAUGAGAGAUCCCAGGAGAGUUACCAGACAGAGAUGUGUAAGCUGAGGUCUGAUCGGGACGAGGCUCUGAAAGAGUCCGCUACACAACACAGUAAACUGGAGGAGACACAGAAUGCUUUGGUUCGGUGUCAGACAGAGUUAGACCUUGAGAAACAGAAGACCGUCCACAUCUGGGAGAAAGAGACGGCCAUGCAGAGCAAACAGAAGGAGCUAGAGGCCAAAGUGGAGGAGAAACAAAAGGACAUAGAGAGGCUGGAGAAAAUGCUGGAACUCAUUAAAACUGAGUGUAACGCCCAAGUCAGUGAAAAGGUAUGCAAGAAUCUCCAGAUUUGAUCCAAAUAAAAGGUUC